UGAUUUUUUGUUACCUGGUGUAACCAUAUAUAUGACAAGAAGGGUUGUGAAGGUAAUAAAAAUAUAAAUCGUUAUCACCUGUGUCUUUUAUUCUAAGAAUCGAGAUUUUACGGACAAUGAAACUGAAAGCUGAUGAAUCACUAAGUUCAUACUAGUACAGAUAACAAAGACCAAGUUACGUUUAAUAACGAAGUCACCCACAUUAGAUUCAUUACUAAGAUAUUUGACAUCAAUGGAGUAAGAACGGAAUUAGAAUACAAAAUAAAGAAGAAAUGUUUGUUCUUUUAUAUCAGCGAAUACCUUUCGGGCUGAACAUUGUUUUUGGACCUUUAGUAUCAUAUUUGGCUAUUUUGAUGAACAUAAUUGUCUGUUGGACACUUACUUCGAAAAAACUUAUAUCAACAUCGACAGUACUCAUGCAGGGAUUAGCACUUGCCGAUGGUCUCACUGCCUUUUUUCUUUAUGGCAUUGAACCUAUUUUCGCCCCGUUUUACAGAUAUAUUACAAGCAAAGUUGUUGAUUUACCACCCCCGUAUUGUAUCAUACACUACUGGACCACACCAAUGGCUGAUAAUUUUCAUUUGACGUCUGUACUGCUAACAACGUGUCUAGGUUUACAGAAAAUGAUCGCCAUUGCGUUUCCAAUAUGGGCUCGUUCAAACAUGUCGCCAAAGAUAUCUGCAAUAGUAUGCUGUGUAUGUUUCUUUUUUUCACUCUCAAUACAUCUACCUCGAGCAUUAUUGGUUCAGUUCGGUGAAGCACAAAACGAUAUAUGUAAAAUGCUAAAGCCAACAGAAGAAUUAGAAAGUUACGCCCUGACAUCGUACCCACUCCUCUACACUGUGUUGUUGGCAUUAGCAGUGGCAGCUAUGUUAACUUCUACUGUCUAUAUAACGUAUAAACUAUUUAAGCGGAAACAACUGAGAGGAAAGAAUACAUUUUCAAAAUACGAAAGAAAUUCCUGUAUACUGAUCCUUUGUGUACUUGUAGUUUUUGUAGUGUCAGAAUGUCCUCGGCUUUACAUCAAUGGAACGGUCUCUAAUACAUACUGGGAAAGAACAGAUAAAACGUCAUACAUUAGGAAAAAAGUUCGGACAGAUAUAGAAAGAGAUGCACACGAUUGUUUGCAACGAAUGACAACACGCAUAGCGAUGGAUAUAGAAACCGGGUGUUCUAGUCGGAGCGGUUCUAGAGAAGAAGACGACUUAAAAAAGGAAAGGGUAGCUAAACUUCUAGAAAAUAUAAUAGCAUUUUCAACAACGGAUAAACACACAACCCAGUUUGACCGAAGCGUGCACAUGACUAAAAAAAUGUCCAUUAGACAGCGAUAUGACAACAUUUUAAAUUCAACACUGAUAAAUCCUAGUUUUUUCAAAGGUACAAGUCAAGAUCUUAUGACCGAAAUUGUAGUAUCAACGUAUUGCUCCAUGAUCGUUAAUACAGAUGAUCGAAUCGCACUUGCAGCUUUCAAUAAAAGUUGUACGAAUGCAUCUGAAUUAACCAUGGGCUUGUCAAUAUUUAAAUUUAUGAAAUAUGACAUCGAUAAAGUAUUUGCAAGCAGAGCCCGCAAUUCUGUCGUUCAGGGUUACAGUGAACUGAUAAAUCAAGUUAUUUCAAAUCUUACCGAUAACAUGAAAAUUAAGGCUAUUACUGAGGAUGAAGUCGCUAGUGUUUGGACACUAUGCAUGGACUCAACUUUUUUCCAUUUUUCAGAAUACACCGAGUGUUCUAUUGGUCUGUACAAGUCAUUACUUGACCAUCUAUUAUCAUUAAUACUGGCUUCCUCGCCGUAUACAGAACAGAUGAAUUACAUGAUAAAUACCGUCAUAGACUACGGAGAUGCCGAUUUAAAAGAUCUGAAACUAUUCAUUGAAAUUAUAAAACUUUUCACAGUGAUUGCAUGUGCCUCUAAUUUUGUUAUUUACAUUGCAAUGAGUGCAAAACUCAGAAAUGAAAUGCGUUUAAUGAUUUUGACGUGCGUGUAUUGCAAACAAUAUAAGUGCAUUACUGAAAAAGAUCAACGAGAACAACAUUCCACAAUCCAUGACUCAAUCCCACUAUAAGUCAUUUGAAGAAUGAACGAGUUUCUAUUGUCGUAACAGUAGCCUUAGACAAGUGUUCCUUAUUUAUAUUUAACUUUCUUCUUUUUUAACUAACAAAAGAGAAACAUGUAAUUGACUGAUUUGACAGUCAACUUCCAUUGCUAUUUGACAUUCGGCUGAUUAAUUGGGUAUUCGACUUUUUUUUCUUUAUUAGACAAGACGAAUGUGUAAUAGUUGCUAAUUUGACAUUCAUUUUGUUUUCAUUUUGAUAUUUGAAAGACAAAUACAUGCAAAUAUUCCAGUCUUGUUUGCCAUUUUAUAUUCUUCCUAUACUACUAUUCUAACAUUUGAAAGACACACAAGUAAUUAUAGUUCAUUGGUUGACAUUCAUCUUUUGUUAAAAAUUUACUAAUUUGACAAUCCCUUCAAUUUUUUUCCCCUUCUCUAACAGUUUUUAAAAAGGCUAAUAAGCAAGUGUUCCUUGGUUGACAUUCAUCUUCUAUUCUUUCAUUCUUUUUGUAUAGAAAGACGAAUAAACAACAUUUGUUACUUGUUGGUCUUUCUCAUUUUACAUGUCUGGUUAAUCUACGGACUAUAUAAAUCUGGAAAAUAUUCUAGACAAUAGUUCAUUUUCCAAUUACCUACGUUUUUUUCCUAUUUUCGAUUUUUUCAAACAGAGACAAAUCCCAGGUCAAACAAACUAUUCCCCUGUCUAUACAAUCUUAUGAAAACAUUUUGUUCCUACUUAAAAAAAUCAAUUCGUAAUUACCUAUUUUUGCAACCCAUUUUUACAAUGUAAUGCAAUUUCGAAGUAAAAAUUAUUGUCAAAACCGCAAAAAACACCAUCCUCAUUCAAUAGAGUUUAUUAGACAGGGACACAGUUUGCCAUACCCAUGAGUUAUUCCCCUGCGCAAAAAAAAAAAUUGUCGGCAAUUUAAAAAUGAAUAAUUUACUACAUAUCGAGUUUGGCAUACAACAGUUCUUUAGGCUAGCUUUUUCACGUUGGUCUUUGAUCAGUUAUUGACGUUAAUACUUUGUCCAGUCAGAGGUCAAAAGUGUUUCACACUCCAAAAUUACGCUACAUAUUCAUAUGAAACAAAUUUUUAAAGUUAUUUCCUGUCCGAUUUGAAUGGAGUUUUUACAAUCAAAUACAGAAAUAUCUGCAUUUUGUAUGUGCGUUUUAUGUUCGUGGUAUUCUGAAGUUUCACCUGGUGGUACCUUAAAAGACUUUCAUGUAAGUGUGAAGUCUGACACCAUAAAACCGUAUCUAGUAUACAUGUAUUUUAUAAAUACAUCAGCCUACUAAACAAAUGAACCUAGAUAGCACAAUUACCGACCAGGAAUACGAAAAUAGUUGUUUCAUGAAUUGUUGUUGAUUAAAUGUUUUCCCGUUUUCGCCAGAUUUUUGUAUUAUAGGCCCUACUACUGACCUAUGCCGUAGCAGUUCAUUUAGUUUUUAAAUUUCAUUAUGUUUUUUAAAUAUUGUCUGUUACUAUAUAGAAGGUUUUUAUGGUCAACUGCAUAAACACCAAGAUUUUUUUAUUAGUGUACUAAAUAGGGACAGCAAUUGACGGUACCAGUUUCAUAGGUCUUUUGUGCAAAGUGGGCUACACUAUCGAUAUAAAAGAAUAAUAAAACAUAAUUUGAUUAUUGUUUUUAACUUUCCUAUUAAACCAGACAAACAAAUUGUUUAUCGGAUAAAUGGUUGACAGAGUAAAGGGGCGUAUGAUAUUUGCGCCGAUUUUAUAAAUUUUCCUUUUCAUUUGCGCCGAUUUGGUUGUUUCAUUUGCGCCGAUUCAAUAAUUUCAAGUUCCAUUUGCUCCUUUUUGCAUUUUAGUGCUGUGCUUUUUUCAUGGCCUACUUUAACAUAUAAACUAGGCAGCAGUUUCAUGGCAUAAAGAGAUUUUAUUGUCCUUUGAUAUUUUAAAGGCUGUAAAUAGAUUUUUAUAUCGUUUGAUAUUUUAUUGCUAUAGUUAUUUUAGUGGAUGUAAACAGAGUGCUUUUAACCUUAGAAUUGACUUGUUUUCCUCGAAAUCCUACUUCCACCUCCCCAUUGUGGGCAGGGGGCAACAGUUGUUUUAAUUGAUAAUUCAUAACAUAUGUAUAACUGGCUAGCGGAAGAAGUUUAUAAUGAUAAAUAAAAAUAGUUUCCACCUGUAAUUUACCUGUAAACCAAUUGGCCCAAAUGAAAGAAAUAAUCGGCGCAAGUGAAAUGCAGAUCGGCGCAUGCAAAACGCCGGAGUAAAGGGUUGUAUUGCCAAUGGGUUGUCAGAAUGGACUAUUGGACACACCCCAAUGUAGGUCAUUUUUUUACCUAUCUGCGACUCUCUCGUACUAACAAAUAAAAAGUAUAAAAGUGUAUUCAUUGCAACAGGGUAGCAGUUCGAAUUAACACAAAGUAUCAAACAACUUACCUGAUCGAGACAUAUCUAUAUUAAUGAGGACAUACGUCAUGGUACAUAGACAUGUAUACUGUUUACUUUUUUCGAACUUUGAAUCUAAAUUUAAGACGUCACAAAAUUUAAUGUGACGUCAACACUAUAUAUAGCGUCGUUCAUAUUCCCGUAAUACGAAUACCACACGUGAACGAUCGUUGAUGAUUGGUUGAUUGUGUUUUGCUAAACGUCCAGUGACAAGUACUUUAUGAUUAUUUAGGACGAGUGAACGAUCAAAGAUACCGACAAAGAAAUACAAGAUGAACUGUUUUCUUUUCAAUUUGAAAACUGCUUGGAAAUAUGUUGAAUAAUAUACUUUUUUCUAAAUAUUCGUCAGGUUGAGAGUCACUUUUGUGCAUAGAAGGUUGGCACUACAAGCUCAUCGGGGUCCUUACUGAAUUAAGAAUAAAAGGCUGGUCUAUGUAUCACAUUUUAAUUAUUAUAUAGUGUAUAUAACGUAAAUCAUAGUAGACACUCUAGUACAUUUGUUUGCUCUUCAAGUGCCAUAUUAUUGGAAUAAAUUAUUCGUUAGUUUAUGAAAAUAUUGAUUCUGACCCUCAUGCAAAGCUAUAGAUCUAGUAUAUUGUUUUGUGGAAUAAAUGGGGAAAAAAUGAGAGAAAAAAAAAACAUAGUUGGAGGUGCUAACAUAAAUAAUGUUGUCCCUGUAAAGUGGGUGACGCAUAUUCGCCGUGGACACAUUUUCGCCGUUUUUGCUAUUUUAUUCUUUAAAUUUCGUGUGCCUUUACCCAAUACUUGCCUAAAAAGAUGAUAAACGCUGUUUGUAAUGUUUGAACUGUUGAUAUACCUCUUUAUCCCAUUUCCAAUGUUAUUCGCACAUAUAAAGAAAUACGCAGGUGUUUUUGAACGAUUUUGGCAAUUAUGUAAGAUUUAUAUGGCACGCAUGCGCAGUCAUAAAGUAAAUAUCUGUUAGAAAAAUCGUAUAGGAAUGAUCUCUCAAGCUAAUUCAUGUAAUUGCAAACAAUUGUUUUUAUAAUAUACAAGGAUAAUGGGGAUGGUCAUAUCAUACAUUGCGGCGAAAAUGUGUCCACCGUGGUUCAAGAACAACUUGAUUUCCUCUUGAGUUUGCGUUCAUUUUUAAAACAUAUAACCAAUGUUUUGAAGAGAAUUCCUUUAUCAAACAUUUUUUUCAUAUAAUAAACUUUCUGAAACCUACAUAAAAAGUUUCAACUUCGAAUUUAGGUCAGAUGUAGGUGGAAAUGAACGAAUUUUGCGGCGAAUAUGCGUCACCCACUCUAUGUCCUAAUUUUUAUUAUUUUGAAUUUUACUUUCCUCUAUAAUGUCUACUUUUCAUUUUUUGUAUUGCAAAAAAAAAGAGAAACAAAUAAUAAUAAAAAAGGCAUUAUAUAGACAUUAAACAAGCUUAUUUGAUAAAUGACCCGAGCUGUGCUCGUGAGUAUCCAUUCAUAGAAGAUUCGAUUCAUUUUUUUCUUAGAAUACAAUCCACUCUACACAAAUUCUAGAAAUGAGUUAUUGAACAUAUUUAACACUUAUUUUUAAUUUCCAUAGAACGAAUUUCAUUUGGAACAUACGAUUUGGAUGUUAAACAAAACACAAUCCUUUAUAAAAUAUCCAUUGUUACAUACGCCAUACAAAAUGAUUCUUCGAUUGAUAUUGUUGUAUCUUAUGUACUCGUAUCAAGCAGUCUCAUUUCCGAACCAAACUUAUAGUUUAUGUUUAUCCAUAAUUUAUCUUUUGUAUAUAUCUUUCUAAUUGUACUUCAAUAUAUAUUUGCUGUCAUCUUCAAUUUUUGUAUUUUUUUUUAAAUUUUUGAAGUGGAUUUUUAAGUUGUUUACUUGUAUCGUUAGACAAUAAAAUAUGUUAACUAUUAAAAUAAAUUCGACUAUCAUUUAA